CGAAUAUCAGCAAAAUGAUUAAAUCAAUAACGCUGUUAGUGCUAUUAUACCCAGCAUUGGUUUUAGCAAGCUUUAAGAAAGGAUUUGGACUGUGUGGAGCGUUGUAUAAAUGUGGUGAUACGCAUGCUCUAUCUUCAUCAACAUGGUGGUAUAACUGGCACGAUAAUUUUAAUAAAGACACGAUGUAUCAUUGCUCAAAACGAUUUCGUGGUGAAUAUAUACCAAUGGUACACCAGGAAAAAGAUGUGCACAACUUUAACCCUCCCAGUAACGCCAAGCAUAUUCUAGGAUUUAAUGAACCAAAUGUAUGGAGAAAUGGACAUUUCGAGUUAUCACCUGAAAGGGCUGCUGAACUCUGGCCACAAAUUGAACAGAAGGCACAUGGAAAGAUUUUAGUAUCGCCUGCUCCAACAAGUUGUGAUAAUUUUCCCAAUUCAUGUUAUUCUUGGUUUGAUCGAUUCUUUAAAGCUUGUCAUAAUUGUCGUGUAGAUAGACUAGCUUUACAUUCUUACAAUUGUCAACCAAACCAAAUCAUGGAUAUGAUUAACAAGUUUUACCAUAAAUAUAAUAAGAAGAUUUGGCUAACAGAGUUUGCCUGUUAUCACGCUAAGAAUGCUGAUGAUAAUGUCAAUUUCUUGAAGCAAAUUUUACCUCGUCUUGAAAGUUCACCCUACGUAGAAAAAUACGCCUGGUUCUGUACCAGAGAAAAGCCUGGUUAUUCUCAUGAAAACUGGAAUUUAUUGAAUCAAGGGUCCCCAACUCUUAGUAAAGUAGGACAAUAUUAUAAUUCACAUUAAAUAAAAUAAUUCAUAAUGCUCGUUGUUUUAUAUCAAUUUACAAUAAACAAAUUGGACAUUUGCAAAUCAAUAAAAAAUGUAGAAAAAAAUUGACGAAUGUUCCACCACUACAUCCAACGGAAUCUGCUGUUUUUGGGGUGUCUUCACAGUCUUCACCAAGAUUGGAAGCACACAUCUUGUAUCCAGAAAAAUGUUAAAGGUUUCAGAAGGUUCCUUCAUUCUUCAUGACACCAACGACUGAAGAUAGUAAAGGAAAGUAACUUAUCCUGAUCAUGAUAAGAUUAAUGCAUUUCAAGCUUACGUUAUGUUUUAUUAUUGUACGCCCGUUUCAUAUUGGAAAUUGAAUAUUUUUGUUGUUUUGAGCAUAUUUGGAAUAGAAUUAUGUAAAAAUAAAACAUAACUUUUUC